GACCGCGUCUUUACAUGGCGUCUGAUUGAAUCGUACACACGUCGCAACAGUUCUGUUGACAAGAAAUAACAGGAUAUUAAUCAUGGCAGCUGACUCAAUGGAUAAGAAGGAUUCAGAAUCUUCUGGGACCAAAGACAGAGAAAGAAGACGAAGUCGCUCCAGAGACAGGGAUAGAAAACGACAUCGAUCUCGUGAACGCAAUCGGUCCAAAUCAGCAGAAAGAGAUCGUCGGGCGAAGGACAAAGAGAGAGACAACCAGCGAGACAGAGAAAGGGACAAGGAUAGAGACAGAAAUCGCAAAGAGAGAGAUGCACGCGAUCGCCGUGACCGUAGCAAAAGAUCCAGAAGUUCUUCUCCAAAGUCCAAGGAUUCCAAAAUAAAAAAAGAAAAGGAAAUAAAAACAGAAGAAGAGGAGGAAGAGAAGAAAAAAGAGAAGGUCCAGCCUCUGUCAUUGGAAGAACUACUCGCCAAGAAGAAGGCGGAAGAAGAAGCAGAGGCCAAGCCGAAGUUUCUGUCACAGAAGGAGAGAGAAGCAGAGGCUCUGAAGCGACGAGAGCUCGAAGUUGAGGAGAGGAGGAAAAAAAUGGAUGAGGAGAGACGGAAACGAAGGCUUUUCCAGGAAACAGGCCGAAAGAUGAUGGAGGAUCCUCAAGAACGAGAGAGAAGGGAGAGGAGGGAGCGAAUUGAACGUGAGAACAACGGAAAUGAGGAGGACGAUGGACGACUAAAGAUGCGAGAGGAAAAGGAUAAAGGGAAGGAGCUAGUAGCCAUCAAGGAACGUUACCUGGGAGGGAUCAAGAAGCGCAGAAGGACACGUCACCUCAAUGACAGAAAGUUUGUUUUCGAGUGGGAUGCUUCUGAAGACACAUCAGUGGAUUACAACCCCAUCUAUAAAGAGAAGCAUCAGGUCCAACUCUACGGACGAGGAUUCAUCGCUGGCAUUGACUUGAAGCAGCAGAAAAGAGAGCAGUCUCGUUUCUAUGGCGACCUGAUGGAGAAAAGACGAACACUGGAAGAGAAGGAGCAGGAAGAGACAAGGCUGAAGAAAAUGCGUAAGAAGGAAGCUAAGCAGCGCUGGGAUGACAGACACUGGUCACAGAAGAAGCUGGAUGAGAUGACUGACAGAGACUGGAGAAUCUUCAGAGAGGACUACAGCAUCACAACCAAGGGAGGAAAGAUCCCCAACCCUAUCAGGAACUGGAAAGAGUACCAGCUGCCCGCACACAUCCUGGAGGUCAUCGACAAAUGUGGAUACAAGGAUCCAACACCCAUUCAAAGACAGGCCAUCCCCAUUGGUCUGCAGAACAGAGAUAUCAUCGGCGUGGCUGAGACUGGUAGCGGUAAAACGGCUGCGUUCUUGAUUCCAUUGCUUGUCUGGAUCACAACACUGCCCAAAAUUGACAGGAUCGAGGACUCUGAUCAGGGUCCGUACGCUGUGAUCCUCGCACCAACUCGUGAGUUGGCGCAGCAGAUUGAAGAAGAAACCAUAAAGUUUGGAAAACCACUCGGCAUCCGUACGGUUGCUGUGAUCGGAGGAAUUUCCAGAGAGGACCAGGGUUUCCGACUCAGGAUGGGCUGCGAGAUUGUGAUCGCCACUCCUGGUCGUCUGAUCGAUGUGCUGGAGAACCGCUACCUGGUCUUGGGCCGCUGCACAUACGUGGUCCUGGACGAAGCUGAUCGUAUGAUUGACAUGGGUUUUGAGCCCGACGUGCAGAAGAUUCUGGAAUACAUCCCAGUGACCAAUCAAAAACCUGACACGGAUGAGGCAGAGGAUCCUGAGAAGAUGACCAUGAACUUUGAGUCUGGAAAACAUAAAUACAGACAAACGGUCAUGUUCACAGCUACUAUGCCUCCAGCUGUGGAGAGACUAGCCAGGAGUUACCUGAGGCGUCCAGCUGUGGUUUACAUUGGCUCCGCUGGUAAACCUCACGAGAGAGUGGAGCAGAAGGUUCUGCUCAUGUCCGAGGGAGAGAAGAGGAAGAAGCUGCUGGAGGCGCUGUCGCAUGGCUUCGAGCCUCCUAUCAUCAUCUUUGUCAACCAGAAGAAGGGCUGCGAUGUGCUGGCCAAGUCUCUGGAGAAGAUGGGGUACAAUGCUUGCACACUUCACGGUGGCAAAGGUCAGGAGCAGAGAGAAUUUGCUCUCUCCAACCUCAAAGCUGGAGCCAAAGACAUCCUGGUGGCCACAGAUGUCGCUGGUCGUGGUAUCGACAUCCAGGACGUCUCCAUGGUUAUCAACUACGACAUGGCUAAAAACAUUGAAGACUACAUCCAUCGCAUCGGUCGAACUGGUCGUGCUGGAAAGAGCGGUGUGGCCAUGACCUUCCUCACUAAAGAAGACUCGGCUGUGUUCUACGACUUGAAGCAGGCGAUCCUCGAGAGCCCAGUCUCCACGUGUCCGCCAGAACUCGCCAACCACCCAGACGCUCAGCACAAGCCUGGAACCAUCCUGACCAAGAAGAGGCGCGAGGAGACCAUCUUCGCCUGAGUCACUUACAACUUCGUUGUCACGGGUUAUAUCUCAUUCCCAUGAUUUGCUAAUGAAAGCUUGCGUGGGAUCAGCCACUUUGGUUGAUACAUUUUUAAUAAUUAGGUUUCUCUGUUUUUGAUAAUUAUAUGCUUGGUGGACCGACGUUGUGUGUACCGAUGUUACCAUAGACAAGCGGCUUAUCCUGAAAUGAGAAAAGUAAAGAACUUUUUGUACA